AUGAACCAGCCUGACUCAGGUCCGCCUGUCGAAUUGCAAGGUCCUUCAAAUGGAUCAUCGUCGGCCAUGCCUUGUAAGCUCGCCGCUGCUGUUCUGUGUCAAGUUGUCCCUGCGUUUGGCAUUUCGCUCUCGGCCACGUCUUGGGCAUCGAUCAGGCCAAAGUGGUCCCAAUGUUCUGCAUCCGCCAACGGUCACCGGUCCUGUCGUCCCCCAGCACCCGUACAACGCAUACGUCAAUCAGCCUGUCGCGUAUCACUAUUCCCACCAACCGCACCUGUUCCCAACGCCCCCCCGGGCGUUCGGGCCGCUUUAUCAUUUGAUGCCGCACUACCAGCCCAUGUCUCACCACCCGCCGUCCCAUCCUGCCAACAGCCACACGUAG